GUGUAGAUAGUCAUGAGAGGGCUUUGUUGGCAGGAUACCCAGGACUGAUGAUGACACCAGGCAUUCAGUUAGAUGCAGAGGCGAAGAGAAGAGCAGACCAAGAGGGGGAGUGUGACAAACUGUUGGAGAGGACUCGACUCUCCCUUUCAAGCUGGAUGGGAGUGUGAAGGAUCGACGUUAGCCUUGGAUCAGGCACAAGCAGUUGGAGGCCAUCCCAUGGAGAAGGAGCAAGACAGCGUGGCCUUCAGUGCCAGUGUCACCAUCCCCAGCACCACCUCAGCCUCCACUGGCAGCAACACCAUAUCAAGUUGCUCUAACAGACAGCAGGCUGUACCUCAGAUAUCAGUGUACGGAGGAAUCACAGACAGACAGACCGUUCAGGUGAUGCAGCAGGCGUUAAACAGGCAGCCCAGCUCAGCAGCGGCUCAGUACCUGCAGCAAAUGUAUGCAGCCCAACAACAACACCUCAUGCUCCAGACAGCAGCUUUACAGCAACAGCACCUCAGUCUGGCCGCAGUACAGCAGGCUAGUAUAGUGGCAGGAAGACAACGCUGCAAUCAGAAUGGCACUACAUCCCAGCAAACUGUGGCCUCACAAACCACUAUAAACCUGGCAACAUCACCAGCAGCAGCUCAUUUGAUCAGUCGAGCCCAUAGCGGGGGCUCUGUUCCUGUCUGCAUUGCCCAACAGGCCGUUCUGCUGGGAAACUCCUCCACACCCACUCUCACCGCUAGCCAAGCACAAAUGUAUUUACGAGCUCAGAUGGCACAACAAUCUAAUCUUGUGCAAGUAGCUAGGAGCCUAGGACGAGCUGUUCCUUUGUCCCCCCAGCUCAUCUUCACCCCAGCUGCCACAGUCACAGCAGUCCAAGCAGACACCUCUGCACUGUCAAUCAACACAAUGCCCACCAGUGGACAAGUCCAGAACUUGGCCCUCCGCAGCCAGCAGGGGGUUCUAGCUUCCUCCCUCUCUCAUACUCAGUUACAGAGUCUGAGUGUGAAACAGUCCACAGGGGCAUCAGCGCAACUCGCUGUGAACAGUCAGCCAGUUGCCCGACUGAAGUGUCAUGGAGCAGAGCCAAAUCCACAGGGAGUUGUAGCAAAGGGCAAUCCUGCAGAGACAUCCUCUGAGACGGUGAGAAUGAAUGACAAAACCAGUGAACUCACAACACAGGAGCUAAACAUGUGUCCCAGUGUGACCUCAGUGGUGGGCAAUCCUCUCAUCAGCACAGCAUAUACUCAAAUCCAGACCCAUCAGUUGCUCCAGCAACACAAGCAGCAGUUUUUGAUACAGCAGCAGCCCCAGAUAAUGCAGAGGAGUCAAGCCAAGCUCUUAGAGGCCGCCACCAUUCAGCCCAGUCUCCAGUCCCACACAGUGAAUGCUGUAGCCAUCCAUCCAGCCCUGGCACCUCAGCCUCAGCACUCCCUUAUCCCUGUGCUGCCCAAUGUUCCUGUUACUUGUCAACAAGCCACCAUAUUCCAUUCCACCUCUGUGAGUCAUCAGGCAAUCACACAGAAUGGACAGCCACCCAUUUUGAGCCAUAACAAUGCAGCACCUCUAGAGCUUACAGCAGUUAACCUCCAGAUCCAACCAGUUCCUACACAAAUUGGAGUAGUCAAACAGGAUGGGUCCGAUAAGGACAGCGCCAUUCCUCUUGAAGUCAGAGAGCUCUGCUCUUUACAGACCCAACAGCAGCUGCUAUCCAUACCAACACAAGUGCCAACCCGGACAGAACCAUGCCAGUUGGUCAAACAAUCUGAUCAAAGCCAGGUGACAGAAAACAUUGAAGGCAGAGUGAAUGUGAAGGCAGGUGUGAGCUCACCUCCAGCCAUGACCUCGGGCAGCGGGAACAAUGCGCCCACUGUGACCGGCAGCGCUCCGCAAAAUGGCGAGAGUAAACCACCACCUCAGGCCAUAGUAAAGCCCCAGAUCCUCACGCAUGUCAUCGAGGGAUUCGUGAUUCAGGAGGGAGCUGAGCCUUUUCCCGUUGAACGUCCAUCAUUGCUGAUAGAGAAUUUAAAGAAGCAAAAGCAGCCUCUGUCCCAGACCUCUCACAAUGCAGACUCUGAGAUGGAAGACCUUUCACAACAAGAGCUGAAGAACCUGGAUGAGGAGCCAAGACUGUCAUGUGAAUUCUGUGGAAUUAUAGAUUUUGCUUAUAACUUCAGGAGAUCCAAGCGGUUUUGUUCUACAGUGUGUGCAAAGAGGUAUAAUGUGGGAUGCACAAAGCGAAUGGGACUUUUCCCAAGAAAAUCGACCUUGGACAACUCAAAGAAACAGAGAGCCACUGAUAUCAAGAAACGGAAUCCAAGUGCCCAAACAGCCAAUGGAGCAUCUAUGUUGUCCCCGCAUCCCUUACAUCCUAGUCAUGGCGAGUCAAGCCAGUGCUCCGACAUGUCCAGCUAUGAAGAGCCUCUUUCGCCACUGUCCGCAACAAGCUCUGGAGCCCAGAGGCUUCCAAAUGAACACCGAUCCGAUCACAGUAGAGAGAUCUCUCUCCUCACGCAGCAAUUCCUGGUUACUGACCCUGCCAGGUGGAAUGUCGAGGAUGUUUACGAGUUCAUCUGUUCUCUACCAGGUUGCCAGGAGAUUGCAGAAGAGUUUCGCUCUCAGGAGAUCGAUGGGCAGGCCUUGCUGCUGCUGAAAGAGGACCAUCUCAUGAGCACCAUGAAUAUCAAACUGGGACCUGCACUGAAAAUCUUUGCCCGCAUCAGUAUGCUUAAGGACUCGUAGCGUUUCCCACUGUUCCGUCAAGCUUACACCUGGAAAGGACACCCUAAACUUCUGCACUGGUUUUUGGAGGAUUGUUGCUGCUCAAAACCAUGAAAAACCUGUGUAUACCUCUGGUCACAAUCAAAUUAUUGUUUUGCCCUCAAAGGAUAAUUAUGUAUUAAUUCUGUAACACUGGUGUAGCUGUGCCAGACCCAGAGGGCAACAAUCCAUUUAGUCAGAGUUUGAGAAAUCCCACAGAAGACAAGUACUUUACCAUUUGUGCAAACAAAUAUUCUUGAUUUUAUAGACAGGGAAAUGUAAAUUAUUAUUUUAAACUGGACUAGGGGGAUCUCUCAAGUGACAUACAGAUGUUGUGUUGUAGUUCUGGCUCUCAGAGUCACAGACAUUUAUAAUUUUACUUAGCCAAGGAGAAUUGGCUUAAACUAUUGGUCUUGCAGUGUGCCAUCAUGGGUAGGUUGUAAACUGUUUGAGUUACUUCAUCUGAAAUUUUCUGAUAAAUUCCUCAAUUUACAUUUCAGAUUUUGUCCUCAAAAUGACUUUCCAAGAAGUGCCUAAUCUUUUCCUUAGUAUCCCAAAGAUAGUCAAACAGGUUUUUCAUUUGCAAGUUCUAGGGGUUUAUACCAGCAUUCAGAUUUAAAGACCACAGCUACAUUCAAGAUUCAAGCCCAUCUCUGUAUGAUCUGAUUGUUUUUUCUUCUAAAUUACUUGUGUACACUAUUCUUGUGUACGCUAUUCUUUGAAAAUAUACAGUAUUACAGUCUCUUUAUUUUUACAUUUGUGAUUUGAUCAAAUUUCUGUAUUUAUUGAGAGCAAGUCUCUGAUUCAUAUUUGAAAAUAAAACCUGAGAAAAAAUGCAGAUUUUCUUUGCUGCGUUCAAGAAAUGUACUACUAUUCCAGCAGUUCAUGGUUGUUAAAUAUUGAUUUUGUUUUUUAAAUCAUAUAACAAAGAUUGCUGGGCAGAUUUCCAUUUUUAUGUUUUAGUAAUUUAGAUAGACUUAAAUGAUUGUACAGUACAUUGAGAAAGUAUUCAGACCCCUUCAUUUGUUCACAUUUUAUUUAUGUUGCAGCCUUAUGCUAAAGUACUUUUAUGACAGGGCAGCGGGCGGGGCCGGGUCGUGAUUAUACACACCUGGUCCCUUAUCGGGAUAAAGGCCAACUGCGGAUGAUGGUGCAAGAGAGAGCAAGA